CACCACCUUGGGAGACUUGUUGUCAAGACAACAGGUAAACUGUGUAACGUAAACAUGGCGGAGCUGCUGAAGAUAGAAAGUAGUAUUGAACAGUUUAAAUCGGAUCUCCUCUACAGACAGAGUCAAGCAGAGGAGAACAGGCUGAAGGAGAACCAGGCUGCCAUCCGGAUCCAGAGCUGGUUUAGAGCAUGCAGGGUGCGAGCUUACCUCAGCUAUCUGCACAAGAAGGCAGUCAUUAUACAGAAGAUAUGGCGGGGCUUCACAGCAAGGGCACGCUUCAGACAAAUGGUGAAGGAGGCAUAUUUUAUCAUGAAGAUGAAUUUCUACGAGGAGACGGCGGUCAGGAUCCAGCGGAGAUGGAGAGGAUUCUUUGUGAGGAAGUUCAUCCAUAAUUUCUAUGCACGCAAGCUCUACCUGGAAGGAGUCAUUGUGAACAAUGAACUAGUCAGGAGGGAGCUGGAUGAACAUGAGGAGCUCCAGAGAAGAGAGAGAGGCUGUCUGAAGAUGGUUAAAGAGCAGACAGCCAGGGUAUAACCAAGCUCACCAGUCACAUCAUCUCUCAGUACAAAGCAGUGCCCAGGGGUCUUCAACCCUCCAUUCAGGCCAGCCCCCCAUGAGAUGGAACAACUGCUGAGGCAGGUCAGAUACCAGCCCCCCACAAGACUGGCCCCCGGGGGAAGGGCUUGUGUCUUGGGCGUGCUUAGCCCAACAGCCCCCAGUGUCCCUGGUACUCUUGAAUCUCCAUGGAUCAAAACCAAUAGAAGCUGCUGCUCCUCCAAGUCUAUACUGCCCCCCAUAGCCGGCAAGAAACAGCAGGGUCCACUUAGAGAGCCAGGGGAAGUGUGGGGGCAGCAUGUAAAAUGUCCUGACCUGACACUGCGUCUGCAGACCUCUUACACACACCUGAAGGAGGCCCAGAACCAGCUCCGACAACAUGAGUCCUCAAAACUCUACAAUAAAACAAUACAAAUGGAAAGUAAGAUCCACCGUCAGAGCCUCAGCGGCAAUGCCUUUACUGAGCCAGUCUAUGCCAAGAAAUUCAUACUGUAGGACACAGACGGAGUGCAACCUCAACAUCUAAUCUCAGUGUUGGGCUCUAUCCUCAAUGGGAGGCAGGCCUGAGUGACACACCUCUUUCAUACCUGAGAGAAUGGAGAGAAGUACCAAUAAAAGAUGUUUUGCUCAUAUUGCACUA